AAGCAAGUGAGACUGGCAAGAAGUCAAAAGCACUGGCGAUGUGGAGUGUGUGUGUGUAGAGAUAAAGGUGUGCAACAGGGGGCUUCUUCUUGCUUGCAUCCUACCGGCCACUGGCAGGUGCAAGGCUUUGUGGGAUCUCCUUUCCUGGAGGCUGCAGGAAACUUUUUGAGCAGUCCCCAGAUGUGAGAAUCAUACAGUCCAGCUUCCAAAGAAUCCAGAAUGAUCAGAUUUGGAGACAUCUUGAAGGUGAUUGGAGAAUUUGGAAGGUUUCAGAAAUGGCUCGUGCUGCUGAUCUGCAUCCCGAAUUUCCUAACACCCUUUCACAUGUUCGGACAAGUGUUUAUUGUUAUGGAUGUGCCUCAUUACUGCAAUACAAGCUGGAUCUAUAAUAUUAGCCAAAACCUGACCAAAGAGCAGGAGCUGAAUUUGACAAUUCCGAUGAAACCAGAUGGAUCUCCUGAGGAAUGCAUUAUGUUUACUCCCGUGGAAGAGGAUAUUGAAUCGAUCAUAAAAUAUGGAAUCAAUUCCACAGUAGAGUGCCAAGAUGGAUGGGUGUAUCCUACAGAACCAAAGCCAUCAUUGCUAACAGAGUUUAACUUGGUAUGUGGCCGAAAGGACUUAAAUGACAUCUCGCAAUCCAUUUACAUGUCGGGUCUUCUGGUGGGAGCCUUGGUUUUUGGCCCACUGAGUGACUGGAUUGGAAGUCAACGGUCAAUCUUGCUUACCCUCCUCAUCAUGGGCUCUUUUGGUGUCGGAGCAGGCUUUGCGCCGAAUUUCUACGUCUACAUCGCCUUGAGAUUCCUCGUGGGUGCUUCUUUUGCUGGGAUCAGUAUAAGCAUGGCAGCUUUAAGUUCAGAGUGGGUCGGGGCUUCCUAUCGCCCACUUGCGCUGAUCAUCACUCACUGCAGCAAUGCUCUGGGGCAGAUGGCUUUGGCUGGCUUGGCGUACUCCAUUCAUGACUGGAGGUACUUCCAGAUUGCUGGCUCUGCUCCGGUGUUUGCCCUCUUUUUUUACAUAUGGGUCCUUCCCAAUUCUGCGCGAUGGCUGGUGACAAAAGGGAAGAUUGAGGAAGCCAAAAAGGUGCUUCGAAGGGCUGCUUCUAUCAAUAAACGAGCUGUCUCAGAAGAACUGCUCAGUCAGCUGGCUCCGGAGGAGAAGGUGAAAUCUGGAAAUAUCUUAGAUCUUUUCAAGAAGCCGCACCUAAGACGUUUAACUUUAAUCAUGGCCUGGGUCUGGUUUGCAGACAGUCUUGUGUAUUACGGAGUGAGCCUUCACGUUGGGGAUUUUGGCUUGGACAUCUACAUGACCCAGCUUGUGUUUGGAGCUGUUGAAAUACCCACUCGGGCCUCCUGUAUCUUCCUGCUGCAGUGGAUGGGAAGGAAGAAAUGCCAGGCCGCUUGGCUAAUCCUGGGUGGAGUCGUCUGCUUGCUCAUCCCUGCGAUUCCAAAAGAUUUCCCUGUGAUUGUGACGGUGCUGGCUGUUAUUGGCAAGGCCGCUCUGGCUGCUUCCUUUUCAACCACCUAUGUGUUUUCUGCUGAGGUCUUUCCCACGGUUGUCAGACAAACGAGCUUAGGCUUGUGUUCCAUGUCUGCCAGAGUAGGUGGCAUCCUCGCCCCAUUGGUUGGUCUCCUGGAGAAACACCACCCUGCUAUUCCAAUGGGAUUGUAUGGUGGCACAGCACUGCUUGGGGGCAUCCUCUGCUUUUUUCUUCCUGAGACACGCAACAAAGAUCUUGAGGACAACACUGCCAAAUCCUCAGCAAGCCAGAGGUCCAACAAGGCUGUCAACGGUAGCUUUGAAAAUGGACCUGAGCAGAAAGAAGAUGUCCAGAUUAAAGAACCCACCACGAGUACAUACCUCUAGCGGCAAUAGCAAAUCCCCUUGGAGUCCAAAGGAAUGAUGGGAUGUCUGGUUUUGUAGGGAAGAUUUUAACAGACAAACGUUGUAGGCGUCCCUAUUGAUUGUCCACCCCCAUGCUCAGGGUCUCUCAGAAAAUAUGCAGUCCUGCAGAUUAUCCAGAAGCAUACCUGGGAAAGAGCUCUGUUAUUUCCCCACUAUUUAAGAACAGUCCUCCAUGCUCCCACCAGGCAGAGUUGCCAUUCCUUUUUAUACAUCAGGGAUGGGGAACCUGUGGCCUUUGAGACAUUGUUGGACUCCAUCUUCCAUCAUCCCUGUGCAAUGUCCAUGCUGGCUGAGGCCAAUGGGAAUUGGCAACAUCUGGAAAUCCCCAUCCCUGUUAAACAGGAUUCCUCAAGCAGAGUGAAAUAAAGCAACAGCCCCUCUUUUUGACCCCUAACACACCAAGAACUCAGGAGUUUUCUCUCACAGGAAGCUCAUGUGGUUCCUCUCCUCGUCUUUUUGAAGGCAAGUUAAGACCUUUCUAUUUCAUUGCACUUUUGGUAAAAUGGAUACUUUUUCCUGCUUCGUUUUUUUCAGUUGUGGUUGGUCUUCUUUAUAUUCCUGGUUUUUAGUCAUUUUAAUAUAUUAUGACCGAUUUUUCUUUUCUUUUUUGUACACCCCUCAGACAUUUGUGCUGAAGACUUGUCUAAAAAGAUGUUAAAUAAAUAAAUAAUAGGUGCGUAUGCUAGAAAAUUUUUAAAAGGCCUCUGACAGCAAGGAUUAGUUGAUGUUAUUAUUGAGCAUAGGAGGCAGAGCUGCUUCCAGCAUGGAGGUCGUGGGCUUCCAGGCAAACUUGAACCCUCCCAUUAGUGCCUUUUUAUAAAUUAGUCAGGAAACAGGGUGGUAGGGGUGGUGAGAAAGGAUUUUUAAAGAUGGUGGGAACACAUGACAAGACGGAGAGGGCCACAGCUCUGGGGCAGAGUGCAUGCUCAGCUCCUCCACUUGACAUAAUAUCUGGUUUGAUUUCUCUCACUUUCUCAUUUUUCCAGUCUUAAGUUCAGUUCUCCCCAUUUCCACAUCAGUUUGCAGUUUUGUUUUUUGAAGUCCUCAUGACUGGAGAAAUUGCACUGCAAAAUUCAGAGAAGUGCAAAUUUCAAAGGGUGGCUGUGUUUCAGUUCUUGUAUUGUUUCAGGGAGUGCAAAUUGAUUAUAUAAUUGGUAGCAGAAGAUGGAGAAGUUCCAUACUUUCUGCAAAAACAAAACCAGAAGCAGACUGUGGUACAGAUCACGAACUGGUCAUAUCGAAAAUCAGAGUAAAGCUAAAGAAGACCAACAAAGCAAUCAUAAUGCCAAAAUACAAUUUAAAUAACAUCCCAGAAGAAUAUAAAGAUCAAAUAAGGAACAGGUUUGAGUCUUUAAACUUAGUUGAAAGAGGACCAGAAGAACUAUGGAGUGAAGUCAGAGACAUUAUCAGGGAAGAAUGCAAAAAGGCAAUACCUCUAGUUAAAAAGAGAGAAAUGGAUGACUGAAGAAACUCUUAAAAUGGUUAAAGAGAGAAGGAAAGCAAAAGCAAAAGGAGAUAGAAACACGGUCAGAAUCCUAAAUGCAACAAUACAGCGUCUAGUACAUAGGGACGAGGAGAACUAUUACAAUAGUUAUUGUAUAGAAAUAGAAGAGGACAAUAAAAAUGGUAGAACAAGAGCCCUAUUCCAAAAGAUUAGAGAAAUUAAAGGGAAAUUUAAACCAAGGGUAAGGAUGUUGAAUAACCAACAGGGGAACACACUGACUGACCGAGAUGAAAUAAAAGGAAGAUGGAAGGAAAACACCAAAGGACUCUAUAAAAGAGAUGCAAGGAUGACAGAUUAAUUCACGGAGGAACCGUAUGAUGAAGAACCAGAAAUUUUAGAAAAUGAGGUGAAAGUUGCUCUUAAAAUACUUGGAAGAAACAAAUCACCAGGAAUAGAUGGCAUACCACUAGAGUUGCUACAAGCUACUGAGACUGAAUCUGUCCAAAUUUUGACAAAACUUUGUCAACAAAUAUGGAAAAGAAAACAAUGGCCCACAGACUGGAAGGAUUCAAUAUACAUCCCAAUUCCAAAGAAGGGGGAUCCCAGGGAAUGCAGUAAUUAUUAAACUAUUGCCUUAAUAUCCCAUGCAAGUAAUGCUCAAGAUUCUACAACAAAGGCUCUUACCAUAUAUGCAGUGCGAAAUGCCAGACGUCCAAGCUGGAUUUAGAAAGGGAAGAGGCACCAGAGAUCAUAUCGCAAACAUACUUUGGAUAAUGGAAUGGACCAAGGAAUUUCAGAAGGAAAUCACCCUGUGCUUUAUAGAUUACAAAGCAACAACAGCAAGUGGCUAGCAUCCAAAACCAGGGGAAAAAGAGGGACAGGAACCAAGAUGCUAGAAGCAUAGAAUGGACCAAGGAAUUUCAGAAGAAAAUCACCCUGUGCUUUAUAGAUUACAGCAAAGCCUUUGACUGUGUAGAUCAUGAAAAACUAUAGAAUCCUUUAAAAGAAAUGAGGGUGCCACAGCAUCUGAUUGUCCUGAUGCACAACCUAUACUCUGGACAAGAGGCCACUGUAAGGACAGAAUAUGGAGAAACCGAUUGGUUCCCCAUCGGAAAGGGUGUGAGACAGGGGUGUAUUUUAUUACCCUACUUGUUUAAUCUAUACGCAGAACAUAUCAUACAGAAAGUGGGAUUGGACCAAGAUGAAGGAGGUGUGAAAAUUGAAAAUUGGAGGGAGAAAUAUCAAUAAUUUAAGAUAUGCUGAUGAAAGUUAAAGAGGAAAGCACAAAAGCAGAACUAUAGCUGAAUGUCGAGAAGUCUAAAGUAAAGACAACAGAAGAUUUAUGUAACUUUAAAGUUGACAACGAGGACAUUGAACUUGUCAAGGAUUAUCGAUACCUUGGCACAGUCAUUAAGCAAAUGCAGAUGAUAGUCAAGAAAUCAGAUGAAAGCUAGUACUGGGGAGGGCAGGUAUGAGAGAACUAGAGAAGAUUCUCAAAUGUAAAGAUGGUAUUCCUGAUCUCUAUGUAUGGAUGUGAAAGUUGGACAGUGAAAAAAAGAAUAUAAGGGAAAAAUCAACUCAUUUGAAAUGUGGUGUUGGAGGACAGCUUUGCAGAUACCAUGGACUGUAAAAAAGACAAAUAAUUGGGUGUUAGAACAAAUUAAACCAGAACUAUCACUAGAAGCUAAAAUGAUGAAGCUGAGGUUAUCAUAGUUUGGACACAUAAUGAGAAGACUUGAUUCACUAGAAAAGACAAUAACGUUGGGAAAAACAGAAGGGAGUAGAAAAAGAGGAAGGCCCAACAAGAGAUGGAUUGAUUCCAUAAAGGAAGCCACAGACCUGAACUAACAAGAUCUGAACAGGGUGGUCCACGACAGAUGCUAUUAGAGGUCAAUGAUUCAUAGACUUGAAGGCACAUAACAACAACAAACCUUUCCAUUUGAACUGAACUGAAUUUCUCCCCCAUCCCUAGUGUUAGAGCACAUGCAUAUGCUUUGCCCCUGGUUCAACUCCCCAAAUAAUCUUGGAGGUGGAAAAACACAUGCUUUGCAUGCUCAAGGUCCCGAGUCCAAUUACUAGGUUCUUCAGCUAGAAAACUCUCUGGGUGAAGCAUAUUCUGUGUAUGCAUGAAGCCCUUUUCAGUCUUCAGGUUCUGCAGGUUUCCCAAUUUAAAAAAAAAUGAACUUGGAGAGCAGUGCUGGGAAGCUCCAGCUUGAAACCCUGGAGAGAGAUCAGUCUGUCAGAUUAGACAUUACUGGGCUAGAUUAGCCCACCGUCUGACACGAUGCAGUAUGAGGCAGCUCAUAAGACACAAAUGUGGCAUAAACAAUAUGGAUCAUCACUAUGCCAGCUUCACAUGCUGAAGAGCCUUUCAUAUCUCCAGUUCCUGUGUUCUCAUUUAUACCCCUGGUUCUGAAGUUAAUGCAUAACUUGCUAAUACUGGAAUGAUAAACCUUGGGAGUCCAGAAGGGCAGUCAAUCGCUGAUGGGCUUUCUGCCAAGAGAGGAGAUUCAAAACAAAACAGAACAACAAUCCCACCCCCAUCAGGUUGAUUUUACCAUGAAGUCAUUAAUUGCUGAUAGUAAGUGCGUUGCCUUUGCUAUCAGCAGCAGCAGCAUCAUCAACAAUAUUAAUAUUAAUACCCACCCUUCUCCAGCAGGGUUACAGCAGUCCUAAAAGCAAUUAAAACAAAUCACAUUUACAAUAAUAGGGUGGGUCCUCCUGAAAACAUAUAUCUCAAGUGCCAAAGGCCAGGUUAAAGAGGUGCAUUUGCCAAAAAGGUGCUGGGGCAACUCUGUGGGGAGGGAAUUCCCUAAUUUGUGGAGAGGGAAUUCCACAACUUGGGGGCUGCCGCAGAGAAUGUCCUCUCCCACUGCCCUGAACUUCUGAGGGUGGUGGAACUACCAAGGAGGCCCCUUCUGCUGAUCUUAAUACCCAAGAGAGUCUGUAGAGAAGGAGGUAGUCUCUUAGAUAUUUGGGGCUUGAGUCAUUUAGGGCUUUAUACAUGUAUAAGCAUCUUCAGCUGGGCCUGGAAACGAACUGGCAACCAAUACAGCUGCUUUAGAACAGCGAUUAUAUGAGUUCUAAAAGCAACUUUAGCCAGUAGUCAGGCUACUGAUUUUGGAACAGUUGAAGUUUCUGAGUCGUCUUCAAGGGCAGCUUCACAUAGAGCGCGUUGCAACAAUCCAAUCUGGAAGUUACCAGAGUGUCUCUGUUCAAAAGGGGCCAAAGCUGGCAAACUAGCUGGAGCUGGAAAUAGUCACUCCUAGCCACUGAGGCCACCUGGGCCUCAAGUGACACUGUUGGAUCCAGGAGUACUUCCAAGCUACGAACCUCUCCUGCCUCCAUCAACUUGACACACAACAAUUUAUCAGGGGAAGAUUUUCCCACCACUUAUCUCUAUGCCUGAAAGUAUCUUGUUCUAUUUCUCCAUAUUGGGUUUCUUUUAAAGGCAUAGGAGCAGGGCCAGUAAAAGAAGAUGGUAACCCUUGGUGACCUAUGGUCUAUCCAAAAAAGAGCAAGUAACUAUUACUGCUGAGAAGGAUCUGGAUUUCUACUGGGCAGCAGUGUUAAUCCCUCAAAAUGGGAAAGAUCAUGCAAGAUCUUUCUGUGUUUCUAGGUUAAAAUUUGCGGUUCUGAUUUAGAUUUUGCUUUCCUGAGACUGGAUUAUUGUUUUAGACUGUACGGUCUGUUCUAGACUCUAUAGUAGAUCACCUUUUUGUAUCUUCCAGCCACUACUGGUCUCAUAAUACAAUGAAGAGACUUUGUUACAUUUAUGUUCUGCCUUUCCCCCCAAGAAACUUAAAACCCCCUGGUGAAUUUACCAUCACAACAAGCCUGUGAGGUAGGUUAGGUGAUGAUGUGGGGAGAGUGAUUCACCCAUGUUCCCCCAGUGAGUUAUUUUAUUUAAUGGUGGCACAGCCUCUAGCCUGGAUUUCAAAUGCUUGCUGUCUUCUGUCCCAUUUUAUUUAUUUAUUCUCAUAUUUAAAUCCCAUCCAUAAAGGCCAGAUUAACGGUUCCUCGUUCGCUGCUUUAUCUUCACAACAACCCUGUGAGAUAGACUGGGGGUGGGUGGGUGAGCAAGAGAGUGAUUAGCCCAAGUUCACCUAGUGGGUUCAUGGCUGAGUGGGGAUUUGAACCUGGAUUUCCCCAGUCCCAGUGCAGUACACCACACUGGCUGUCCAGUGUAUAUGGAAGACUACCAAAGCAUAAAAGCAUUGUCCAUUGCCUCUUUGGGCUGCAAUAAAUAUAAAAUCUAUACUAAUUGUCUCUAUGUGCCAUCCAGUGGGGGCUGGUCCAUUAAGGCAAAUUGGGUGCUGCCAGUCCCUCCUUGCCUACCUGCCUGCUUGCCUGCCUUUUUCCAACAAAUCCUGGGGCUGACACAACUAGUCCUGGGGUUGACACUGGCUGUCAGCUUCUUCUCUCUCCUUAAUCUCAGUGCUGAAUUUGUAGAAUUCAGCAGGAAGGAGGAUAGAAUUUAUUCUAGGAUAGAAUGACUUCGUUUUGUCCAUCAUUGGCUCUAGCUCCACCCACUUAUAGCCUCCCUGCUUUCCACCCUACCAGUCCUAAUGGGCACCAGCUACCACUUGUGCUGUCAACAGAGAGAUGGAAGGAUCAGUCUAGUGUGGCUGCUGUACAGUGUGGGCUCAUCUACAUGGGAGCAUUUCUUCAAAGGAAAUCCACUUCUUUUACCUUCACUUUUCAUUUGCAUCAUCUGCAGUUCCCGCUCAGUGUUAGUUGUCAAUUGCCUUUUCCUACUCACACAAGCAGGUAUUCCUCUGGGGAGGAUUAGUCUUGCUUUUUCCUUGUGGCUCCACCCUUUAAUUAUACAUUUCCACUCCCUCUGGUUGCUAAGGUGACCAAGCAUGCUCUGUUCUACCAGCUGCAGUAGGUUCCUUAAAAAAAAACACCCAGAAGUGUGGAUAUCUGUGUUUUCCCUGGUUGGAUACAGCUGAAAUACAAAUCUUUGUUUGAGCAGUGUUAUGCUUUUGUGCACAAGUUAGGGGGAAAAGAAAACAAAGGCACUGUUUGCAGCAACAUAAAAAAGGACAGCAGAAUGGAGGAGAGCAACCAGAAGUUGCUUGUCAGGCUGCAGGAAACAAAAUGAAUGAGGGAAGAGGAGGGAGUGGGCGUGGAGAGGGGAAUGACUGACACACCCAGCUAAAAGCACCAGCAAGCACUAAAAAACAAAGUGAAGACUUUUUUUCUUCCCUUUUCGUAUUAUCAGUGGAUUGGGUUAGUACAGAUUUACAGGGGUGAAACUGCAUGAUAGCUUGUUUGCCAGUAACAUCACAUGAACCAUGCAAAUUUAAAGGAGAUGUGAGUAGCACCAAACAUACCAUAAGCCACUGUGUAGAUGACUCCUGUAUCACAUUUUGUAUCUUCCAACUCUAUACAAACACCAAAGAGACACUAAUCUUGUAGGUCUUGGGACUACCCAGUGUAAGGGUUGAGAAAUUCUACAAGACAUUUUUUUUAUUUAGAGCUUUUACACUCUGCUGUUCAGCAAAAAGACUCCCAGAAUGGCUUACGCACAAUCAGUUAAAACAAGAGAGUCCCUGACUGCAGGCUUAUAAUCUAAAAAACGUGACACAGAAAGGAGGAAGAGGAAGGGAGGCAAAAGGGGAAAAAAACCAAACUCAGGCAUCAAUUCUUAAAUAGUAGGACUUAUAAUGACAAUCUGGCAUAAAAACAGUUCAGGGGUAGAAGGUUGCUGAUGGAGCUGUCUUUUAGCAAGUUGAUGGAAUGGGUGAUGAUGAUAUUGGAAAUUAUUGUAAAUGGUCAGUGUUUUUCUCCCCAAUGCAAUUUGCUUAAAGACCUAAGAAGAGUCCUGCUGGGUCAGAUCUCCUGAGUCCACCGACUUCCAUAUUCUAUUUCAAACAGGAGCUAUAACAAGAUAGCAGCCACCUAAUGGUAGGGCCAGCCCUUUGACAAUGCACUGAAUUCUGAUAUGUAGGGCAAAUCCCCAUUGUAAGAAUAAGCAUUUUCUCAUCUUUGAGAGUCAGUUUAAAGUAAACCAGAGCAGCUUGGUUUUGAAGGAUUCUGUUUCUUUUCACUUGUCAAGUCUCCUUUUGAAAACAGUGAGUAUUCCUUCAAAGUUACGGACUAGCAUUAUAUGUUCAUAACACAGAGUGUGCAGCCUGUUUUUUCUAGGAAGGAAAAUCAAUAAUGAUUGAUUAAAAAAAAAACAGAAAAAAAGAGAAAUAGUUUCAAAAUCUAUGAUUAGGGCCCCCUCCAGAUUUGUGUUUUAUUGUGGAUGCAUUCUGCAACGUAUGUUUGACACAGUAAUAGUGCACGUGGGUUUAUUCUGUUUUAUUAGUUGUUCUGUGAUGCUUCUCCAGUGCUCCCACAUCAUUGCUGUCCAGAGGGGCUAUAGCACAACAAAAGCAGGGCAACAAUAAACCAGAACAUUUGUGGUAUAAAAAAGGAUGAGAUUUCAGUAGGACGUUGUAGAAUGUGCACUGAUUGGAAAUGAAUGUGACCAGCCGCCCUUAAACGUUUGCAGGCACAAAUAAUAUUGAAAAUGGGGUCGUAAAUGAUAGCAUCAUGAACACAAAUAAUUAUGAAUACACGAUAAAAAGGACAGCUGGGGGAGUCAUCAGAUGAAUUUUCCUGCAAAAGACCUUCCAUGAUCUGACAAGAAUAGAAUGUAAAGGCAUAAUAUACAACAUUAAUAUUUGUAUCUGAUUUAUAUAAUUGUCAAUUAUAGAUUCAAGCUGAAUCUAUAAAAUUCACACUUUCUGAAACAAUAUGAGAACCGAAACACAGCCGUCUUUUGAAAUUUGCACUUAUUUGAAUUUUGCCAUGCAGUUCGCCAACCAAACAAUGUUUGCAAGUUGCAUAUGUUAGGAAAAAAUCUGCAUAAAAAUGAAUGGAUGAGUGAAAAUAACAUACAAAAUGUAUUACAUGAUGAAAAAUUGCUUGAAAGAUGUGUACGCUAGUCAAAAACUGCAUACAAAAAUGUUUAUUCACACUAAAAUGGUGGAGAAUUUUCAUGAGGAUUUUUUUUAAAAAAAUGGCGAAUUGCUGCAGAAAUAUGGAGAACCAAAUUUAAAAUGGGAAAAAUGAGAAACUGAGAGAACAGAAAUUGAUAGAUCCUUCCUCCCUACUCAGGACUAGCUCUGCCUGCCUGUGGGCUGGCUUAUGCAACCCUUUAUUGACUGCUCAAGGAUUUCAUUUGUAAAGAAACAGAUUGCUGUUAUGCUGAUACGAUGAGAUUUCCAGUACAACCUCCACAAAUUAAACUUCCCUUGUAAAUUCAGCCCUGAUCUUGCACUUCUUAAGAAGAGCAGAAAGUGCUGUUCCUUUAGGUACAAAAAAUGGCUAAUGAGGUACCAAAACAAGAUGCUAAGCAUGUUCUCUGAGCCCAGGAAUGCCUGACGGUUGCCUUUUAUUAUUACAAAUUCCUUGGGAUUCAAUCUUAGGCAAGGGAAAUCUAAUUGAUCCCUUUUCCCCAUCUUGCAAUGCCUUUAGGCUCAGGGUAAGAAGAGAAGGAAAUGAAGUUUUCAGCUCCCCACCCCCCCACUCCAGGGUUAGGGAGAGCCAUUUCCUUUUCACAGAGUAAUUCUCAUUAAGUCCUUUUCAGAGCCAGAGGAGAGAGAAUUGGGAAUGCACUAAAUUUGUUGCUCUCUCCAAUUGGUUAGUGGAUUUGAGGUGGUGGAGUGGAGGGGAAGCAGAGCAUUGAGAGAAUCAGAAUAUAUACUCUUUUGUUGUCUCCUGGAGUGACACAGCUGUGAAGGGAUCAGGAUCAGCCUUCUCCAACUAGGUGCCCUCCAGAUGUUGUUGAACUAUAAUUCCCAUAAUCCCUGACUAUUGGCCAGACUGAUUGGGGUUGAUGGGAGUGGUAAUCCAACAUCUGGACAACACCAGAUGUAAUUCAUUACAUCUGUGACCUUACAGGUCCAUCUAGGAUUGCCAGUUUCUAACCUGGCAAAUCAUGGGCAGUCUAGCCAAUUACCAUAUCAAUGAGGUAAUUUUUUAGUAUCAAGGGGCUUAAGAACUUAAGAAUGACCUUGCUGAAUCAGUGCAAAGGUCCAUCCAGCCUAGGGAUGGAUGGAUCAUUCAUAGGAAUAACGUAGGAAACUGCUCUUUAGGAUUUCAGACAGGUGCCUAUUCCCAGCCUUAUGUGAAGAUACCAGGGAUUGAACUUGUGGCCUUCUCUAGUUGCAAAGCUUUGCAACUGAGCUACAUUUCCAGUCUGUGCCUUUAUUCCUCCUGUGGUCUGUCCCAACCCAUUUUUGUCAGAGUUUGUUAUUUAUUUGUUUUUAGACCUCACUCAAAUCCGGGAUCUCCCCUCUUCCAUUACUCAGUUUUAUGAAGUGGUCUGAGGGUUGCCUAUGAAGUUUUAAAGUCUUUCUUUCCACAGGUAACAGCUAGAAAGCCUGCCUGCUUCUGUGAUCCGUGUGCGUGUGGGCAUUCAGAAUGCAGCUGCAACUAUCCCUGGGACAGACAGGAUAUGAUGGCAUUCUAUCCUACAAGGGAUGACUGGUGUGAAAUAGAUGGCAGCCACAUAGGCCUAGGGGGGCAGCCAUCUUUUAUUCCAUUCAAGUCAGUGGGAGAAUGAUGUGUCAUUAUAUCCUGUCCUGGAUGGGGUUACACUCCCCCUAAAGGAGCAGGUUCGUAGUUUGGGAGUCUUUUUAGACUCUUCCCUUUCACUUGAGGCUCAAGUAGCCUCGGUGGCACGGAAUGCGUUCUAUCAACUUCAGUUGGUAGCCCAGCUACGUCCCUAUCUGAGUAAAGAGGACCUUACAUCAGUUGUUCAUGCUCUGGUAACCUCGUGUUUGGACUACUGCAACGCGCUCUACGUAGGGCUGCCUUUGAAGACAGUUCGGAAGCUACAGCUAGUGCAAAAUGCGGCGGCCAGAUUGUUAACAAGGACCAAGCGGUCCAAGCACAUAACACCUGUUCUGGCUCGCCUGCACUGGCUACCAAUAUGCUUCCGGGCCAGAUUCAAAGUGUUGGUAUUAACCUAUAAAGCCUUAUACGGCGCGGGACCACGUUACUUGUCGGAACGCCUCUCCCGAUAUGAACCGGCCCGUACUCUACGUUCUACUACGAAGGCCCUCCUCCGGGUUCCGACUCAUAGGGAAGCCUGGAGGGUGGUGACAAGAUCUAGGGCCUUCUCAGUGGUGGCCCCCGAACUGUGGAAUAGUCUCCCCGAGGAGGUGUGCUUGGCGCCAACAUUGUUAUCCUUUCGGCGCCAAGUUAAAACCUUCCUCUGUUCCGAGGCAUAUUAAUUUAAGUUAACGUAAUUUUAAAAUCUGCUGUGAUUGAUUUUAUUUUGUUUUAUUUUUAUAUGUUUUUGGCUGUAUUAUACUAUGUGAUUUUAUUGUAUUUCUUGUGUUCACCGCCCAGAGAGCUAUUGCUAGUCGGGCGGUAUACAAAUCUAAUAAAUAAAUAAAUAAAUAUUUCUUUCUUUGAUCUCUACUUUUCCCUUUUCUUAAAUUUCACUUCCUUCCUAUCCUCUUGUUGUCCAAACCCUAUUAGAGCAUCCCCUUGUUGUCUAGGCCUCCAUUGCUGCUUUGCUAGAUCUCUAGUACCCUCCCUGACUCUUUAUUCAACAACCAUUAGAUAUGGGGUGGGGAACCUGUGGGGUUCCAGAUGUUGUUGGACUACAGCUCCCAUUAUCCCUCAACUUUGGCCAUACUGGUUGGCACUGAGGGGAGUUGUAGUCCAACAAUAUCUGGAGGGCCACAGGUUCUGUCUGUGUCAGAGAAAUGAAACAAUUAUCAUGAUCAACUAUUGCAGCAAUGUAGGUUUCAGUAGCCUGUAGCUGGUGCAUUUUCUUGUGUGAACGAACCGUUUUGCCAUUGUACCACAUUGUAUUUGGUGCUUCAAGCCACAAAGUCAUUUUGUCUGUUUUUGUCUUUGUAAUAAAUAUUAUUUUAUUCUAAUUUAAACUGAGAGUCCAUGGUCUUUGGCUAAUUCUAACCGCUCUGCUGGGCAAUGAUUGCCAGAUAAAG